AUGGCUGAUAAGGAAUCGAAGACUUUUAAUAUAACUCACUUACCUUCAGCUAAAUUUUAUGUUAUGCUGGAUAAUAAUUCUAUGGGAUUACGAGAAUUACAAUACUGUAAAGGUUUUCCUAAUAAUUACGGUACAAAGGGACAAAUUAGAAAACUUUGUAUAAAAUAUAUAAAUUAUUUAAAAAAACAAGCCCAAAUAUUCAGAAAACCUGAAUACAAAAACAUGAAUUGUAAUAGUUUAACCUAUUGGUUAUAUCAUAAACUAUCAAGAACUCCAAAUAUGGAUAAAAAAAAUUGUUCUAGAGCAUUAUCUGACAUUUACGAUAUGUGGAGACGGGCUACUAUGAGCGUUACUUCAUCCGAUGCUAUAAGUUGUAAACCUUAUCUUAAAAUUACUACUUAUCACGAUAAUUGGGAUCAUGCUAAAAAACUGUUUGAUUAUUCUAUGGAUUUUAAUUAUCUUAGGGAUAUGAAAAAUGAUUUUAAGGAAAAGUGUGAUAAAUUAUGUGCAUACCUCAAUGAGAUAGCUGAUAUAUAUAAGAAAUAUAAAGAUGUGUGUAUUCUUAAGAAUGAACAGAUGUGCCCUGUUUGGGGGAUUGAAUACGAAAAGUACAAUCCAGAAGAUUUUUUAGAUAGGUUUAAAUGUCGUGAUGAUGAAGAGAAACCAGUUACUAUUGAACAGGUUGAUUCUGAGGAAGAAGUAGAAGAAGUGCUCUCUGUACAUGAUGGGUUUUCUGAUACUCCAUUAAGUAUAAUGGAUUAUCAGCAAUCGUAUGAAAUAAAAAAGGACGAAUCGAAGCCUCUAAGUACAUUUGG